AUGGCGGGUGAAUUAGUAGAAUUUGAAGAAGGUACGAUAGGCAUUGCUCUUAAUUUGGAAUCAACUAAUGUUGGCGUUGUAUUAAUGGGUGAUGGUUUGCUGAUACAAGAAGGGAGUUCUGUAAAAGCAACAGGAAGAAUUGCUCAGAUACCAGUGAGUGAGGCCUUUUUGGGUCGUGUUGUAAACGCCCUGGCUAAACCAAUUGAUGGUAGAGGUGAAAUUUCAUCAGAUGAAUAUAGGUUAAUUGAAUCGUCCGCUCCGGGGAUUAUUUCUCGACGUUCUGUAUAUGAGCCUCUUCAAACAGGGCUUAUUGCUAUUGAUGCAAUGAUUCCCAUAGGACGUGGUUUAGAGCAUUAG